CUUACGCCUCACAGCAGCCUGAGGCUAGACACGGAAUGGUUACUCCACCUCAGCUCACAUGCUUCUCUGUACUGAAGCAAAUGAUCUCCCCAUGUUUCAUUUUGAACAGCUAAAAGAACGGCUAGGCUCAUCUCCCAGUGACCGACGAUAUGAAAAGAUAUUUGGUAAUGAGAAGGAUUGCUUGGCCAUGGUCGAGGAAAGACAGUACCCAGAAUGAGUCCACUCCACUUUUGCCAAAAACAGAAUCUGCAAAAAGGGAUAUUGACGAGGAGGAGGCUGGCCAACUAUCUAUUGAAUUUCAAGCAGGCACAAACAAUGGACAGGACAGUCCGGCACUCGCAAGGAUCCAACACUAUUACAGUUAUUCUUUAAUGGACUACGUCCUAAAAUAUUUACUAAUAAUCUGCAAUCUGGUGUUUACAGUCCUGGGCCUGAUGGUUCUUGGUGUUGGUAUGUGGGGCCUCAUCAACAAAGAAUCAUUUGCUCAGGAGAAAAUUGCGAGUAUUGGCACUGAUCCAAUGCUGAUACUUGUGACUUUAGGCCUCCUGCUAACCAUGCUCUGCCUAUCAGGCUGUGUAGGUGCCUUAAGAGAAAAUUGCUUCUUACUGAAGCUGUUCUCAGCCACAGUGCUGGUGCUCAUCACAACUCAGGUGCUGCUCACCAUUAUUGCCUAUAGUCUACAAGAACAGGUAGAAGGAUUUCUGCGGUCGAGUAUGUUAAUUGCCAUGGCACGCUACCAAGAUGAUCUGGACCUAAGAUUCAUUGUAGAUGAGAUUCAGUCAAAUCUGCAGUGCUGUGGGGCAGAGAAUUACCGCGACUGGGAGAACAACAUAUAUUACAACUGCUCAGCUCCAGGAGUGCUGGCCUGUGGUGUCCCUGCAACGUGUUGUGUGGACCCUUUAGAGAAUGGCACAGUGUGGAACUCUCAGUGUGGUGUAGGAGCCCAGGCGCUAGAUGAGUUUACUGCUCAGAGUGUGAUCUUCCUGGGCGGCUGUCUGGGGGGAAUCUCUCGGUGGAUCGUGCAGCACGAGGGCCUCAUAGGGACAGUUGCAAUUGUCGUUCUCGGGGUCCAGAUUCUUACUCUGUUAAUCACUACACGAUUGUUGGAAAGAAUCCAUUGGCAUAAAGUUUACAUAAUGAAGUCAUGAAUAUAGUAUGCUAUUGAAACAGUCAUGUCUGAUUUUGAAUCCUGGUAUUAUUUGUCUCAUAAUAAAUUCAAACUCAAUAAGAUUUUUUUUUUUAUCAAGUUUUAAACCCCAUAAAAAAAAUUAUAUAAUAUUUCACCUAUCCCCCAACAAAGCCUGAAUAGGUUGGUCUAAACGUCUCUUUUAAAUUGAAAUGGGAAUUGUAAAUACAUGUAUUCUUUUUUAUUAUUAUUAUUAAUAAUAAUAAAUAUUAAUUAUUA